AUGAAAAUUUCGAAGAGUUUAUUGCCUAUUUUGGGCACACAAGCCGUCAAAGUCAUCCCUUCCGACAAGCGAUUGGUCAAGCAACUCCAUGACAACCUCUUCCUUUCCUGCUUCGGCACAGAUCUUGAAUGGGUCAACCCAAAAGGCCAUGUCAUCGCAACAAAGCAACGCUCGGACAGCAUUUACGUCGAGACCCGCAGCGGUCAGCUUCGACUUUGGAUCAAAAACUUGAAAAUGGAAGAUAUCGGCGACUACACUUGCCGAAGCACGAGCGAAGAGGAUGGCGAUUUUGAAGUGAGAAAUGUGAUGGUUCGGCCAGAAGUCGACUUUCAAACUCAAGAGCAACAAACAUUCAUUGAAGGCACCAACGCCGAGAUUGCAUGUGACUUCUCCGCCAACGGCUUGGACACGAUCGUCGAGUGGUACGCCCCUGGAAACCCAACACCACUCAUUCCUCAAAACGGCAACAAUCUUUUCGUCGACGACAUCACCCGCGACAAUGGAGGCAUUUACCGCUGCACUGUCAUCACCACCGACACUGGCGAUGUCGACGACGUCGACAUUUUGGUCGAAGUUGAGUACCCUCCUGAGAUUGAAGACUUCAUCAAUGUCCCCGAAGAUAACGAAGUCUGGUUGACUGAAGGUCAAAAUUUCUCCGUCCCCUGCGAGGCCUUUGCUGUUCCAGAGCCAGAAAUGACUUGGAGUCGAGAGACAGCGGAAGGGAAUUAUGAUGUGAUUGGGACGGAGAACAACUUGAUGUUUACAGAUAUUCGGUUGGAGAACUCUGGGAAAUACAUUUGCUCGGCGAAAAAUGACCAUGGAACUGUUUCAAAAAGUUUCAAUCUUGUUGUCCUUCCUCCACCUACGACCAUCGUCAACGACCAACUCGUCGAUGGAAUCGACUUUCCCUACUUUGUCAAUCUUGGUGAUCCGAUGAAAUUCGUCUGCGAGAACAUGUACCCUGCUGAUUUCGUCUGGACCACCCCCGACGGAUCUCAAGCAGCGAUGGAUCAACUCAAUCGAAUCGCCGAAACGACCGAUUCCGGAUUCUACACUUGCACUUCGACGAUCAAAAGAGGGAGGACGAAAGAGAUGAUCGAGGUCUCAUCGUCAGUGAAUGUCCAGGUUCGAUAUCCGCCAAUGAUCGCGACGGAAGAAUUGGAAAUCUUCUCCUACCCUGGUCUAGAAACAAAUAUCCCUUGCUCUUUCGUCGCCAAUCCUGUUGGUUUCACCGCCAUCUCCGGCCCUCAAAUUGAAGAAGAGCUUCUCUUGAACGAAGUAAAUUAUGUUUUCAAAGCUGAAGAGAAGGACUUUCCCUCGACUUACCAGUGCACUUCUCGAAACGAUCUUGGCAACGAAGAAUACGAAGUGAGACUACUCAAGGCGGAGAAACCCAAAGAAUUGAGACUUUUGAAGGUGGUUCAAAAGAGGCCGGACAGAGUCGUUAUUUCUUACAGCCGGGACUAUUCAAGAGGCCAGAUUGACCUCUCCGACGUCGUUGUUCACUUGACUUCCCCACACUGGCCAAAUCUCAUUCGAACCAUUCCUGUCGACAACCAAAAUCACGUGACCAUCGACGACCUUGAUCCAGAGCGAACAUACACCCUCCGACUUCAAGGAAUCAACGCCGUCGGUGAAAGCCCAGUCUCUAAAAAGCUCGAGUUCACAACUGAACCUCUAGGAGCACCUGUCGUCCAAAUCAAUCGGGUAUCCACGGAGAAUGGACAGUAUUACGUCGAAUGGGAAAUUACCAACAAUGGUGGUGGAAAAAUGCGAGAAUUGAAGCUUGAAUACGGAAUCUACAAAGACGCCGAAAUGAUCAAAAUCGCCGACAUCUCCGACUUCCCCAAAUCCAACUCUGGCAAAAUCAAGAUCGCCAACCUCGUCAAAAACGAAAACUACUGGGUCUUGCUCCAAGCCAAGAACGAAGAGCUUCCCUCGAAGACUGUCAGAUGCGAUGUCAAAGCUAAAGACUCUUCGCAAAAUCGCGUUCUCUUCCUUGCUAUCGGCUCCUCCGUCUUCCUUCUUAUCAUCGGCCUCGCCAUCGAUGUCACGUGCUACUUUACCAAGCAAAAAGGGCUUCUGAACCGAAUCGUCUCUAGAAAAAUUCCCGCUGGAGCUCAGCCGAUCGGCGCGACUUCCUCCGAAGAAGCAAGUUCGACAGAUGAAUCCGAAGAGAAAUGUUUAAAAAGCAAGCUCGACGAGGAUUCCGAGGAUCAGGGAAUGGGAUCUCUAACCGAAAGUGCAACGAGACUUGAAACUGUGAAAGAAGCAGAAGAAUUAUAA